GCAAAUAGUGAAAUAUUUCCACAGUCCUGUAAUUUAACAGCUCAGAGUCCCACAAACCAGCCUAGUAAUUUGUCGAUACGCAUAAUGUGCAGUGUGUAUGUAGAUAACAUCAUGGUUCAUCUCGGGGACACAGAUUAUAUGAUUCAAACAAGCUAUUUAAUUGGGGUUCUGCAUAGAAAUCAACUUAGCAAUUUUUUGCCUUCCUAAUAUCUAGAAGAUUUGAAAGGACUUUUCUGCAUCAUAUCAUAUGGUAAAACAAUCUUUAAGACUUAAAGAGAGCCAAAAGAAACAGCGAAAAUUAAAUGGUUUGCAGGUAAGAAAUUCUAACAGAAGAUUACCGCACUUUCUAAAGUUCCAAGUAUAAUUGAAGGAGGACUUCAGAGAAUCAAGAAAAGAAGAAAGUGUUGAGUACUGGAGUAGCAUAUAUCGAUGACUUCCUUCGUCUGGAGAGUGUGAACGCCAAGAGAACUUUGCUGUUUGAGUUGGCUUUGGCGAUGGGUCACCAAGAGUAUUCUAAUCCUAUUCAAAUUGGGCCUGGUCAAUUCUAUAUAUACGACUUUAUUACAACACCAAAAAAAUAGCCAGAGAACAUCAAAGUAACCUGAGAAGAACUUAGUUUCAGAGGAAAGAUUGUAUUGGGUUUUAGGGUGGAGAUCUCCGCCAAAAGAAGCCUCUUCUUCUUUGGAGUCGUCGAGCAAGAUGUUUACUGUCACGUUGAAGCUCGUCGUGGACACAAAAAGGAACAGGGUGGUGUUUGCUGAAUCAGAGGAGGAGUUCGUAGAUAUUCUUUUUAGCUUCUUGACGUUGCCAAUGGGGACUAUUAUCAGACUCCUCAACAAGGAGUCAUCAGUUGGAUGCAUGGACAAAUUGUACAAGAGCGUGGAGAAUCUCGACCCCAAGUAUCUGGAGACCAAAGCUUGUAAGACGAUGCUGCUCCAGCCCAGAAGUGAAGCAGAAAUACCGUGUGAAGACUUAGUGGUCAAUGCUGAUGACUUAAUGCCCCGGCGACACUACACGUGCCCCACAUUUGGUUGCUUCAUCAAGAAUAAGCUUUAUAGUUCGUUUCGUGGUUCUCCCUGCCUCUGUGGAAAGGCAACGGAUCAAUGUGGCCUCUGGGAUAAAGUGGAGAAUAAUGCAAAGAACAGCGUUUUUCUAAAAGAAGCAGCCACGUAUGUUAUUACAGAUGACUUGCAUGUAACACGUGCUACUACCAUUACUACCGUCUCUUUGCUUCAGAAGCUAGGGAUAGAAGAUGCAGAUGUUCUUGAGGAAAGGAUUGUGGAUGUUAGCAGAAAUGAGGUUUUAAGUCUACUGAAGAGCCUACUGCUGUCAAAGAUGCCAUUUACAGAUGUUUUCUUGCAGAAGAAAGAAUCAGUGAACAUUCACAAAGAAGAAAAUGACAUGGUAGAGACUGCUCAAAUCAAAUCGGAAGUUAAGAAUGAAGCUAUUCAAUCCCGAAGAAUACGUGUGAAGGUCGUUGAGGACAAGGUCACAGAGGAGGCUGUGUUUGCUGAAGCGGGGAAUGAUUUUGUAGAUGUCCUUCUCUCCUUCCUUACCUUCCCACUCGGAUCAAUAGUGAAGCUCCUGAACCAUCAGUCCUCUGUUGUCUGUGUUGACAACUUGUAUAACAGCGUGGAGCUUUUGGCUGCUACAGGCGAUUGCAUCAAAACGGAGGAGUGCAAGGACAUGUUAUUGUCUCCCAAAUUAUACCCACAUUUUAACUGCGACAACCAGAUUUUGAAAGUUGAAGCGAAACUUUCAAGGAGAGCCAGAUUUUAUGGAUGCAAACUUUUCGGGAACAAGAGGGUAGGCACUGUGUAUAUAAAUGAAAUAAAUCCAAAGAAGGCAAACUCAAGUACGAAAAGUGGAGGGGGGUAUGCAAAGAGGUCUGUUAGGUUCAUGGUUACUAAUGAGAUGGAUGUCAAACCAGUAUCACUCGUAUCUGAAAUUGGUGCGAUCAAAGAGCUCAAAGUUCCCAUCAGCAGCUUAGUUGAGAAAGAGGUUGAACUUGGAGAAGCAGAGGUUUUGAAUCUGUUGAAAGCUUGUCUGGUCUCUUCCAAUCCACUGAGCAAGCUAUUCUCUCCCUAAUCCACUGAACAAGCUACAGCCUCAAAAGAAGCCGAGCAAGGAAGAUGUUACUCUAAUCUAUAUUACUUAUUCUAAUAGUGAACUUGAACUUCAUGUGUUGCUCUGUUUCAAACUUCCCGUCAAUGAGGUUUACAGUUUUCAAAACUUUCUGUAGUAGAUUAACAUUUUUUGAAUUUUUUUUCUAGAAAUUUCUUUAGUUGAUUAGUAAACUGUUGAUUAUCGUAGAUGCAUAUC